AUGUUAAAGACUUUAACUUUGACUCUUGUAGGACUAGCUGCUCUAGUCUCUGCUCAAUUACCAGCUGAUGACUUAGUCUCUAGUCUUGAAUAAUUCGAUGAUAUCUCAUUCGGACUCUAUUCAGGAUAUAUUCCUAUCAAAGACACUAAGAAAAAGCUUCAUUAUAUGGCUGCACUAAGUAAGAGAAACCCUAAAACUGAUCCAGUUAUCAUAUGGUUCAAUGGUGGUCCAGGCUGUACUUCAAUGUUAGGAUUUUCAUAGGAAAAUGGUCCAUACUCUUUGAGUGAUGAUGAUACUAUCUUUAGAGUUAACGACUAUUCCUGGAACAAUGAAGCCACUAUGAUAUAUAUUGAAUCACCAGCAGGUGUAGGCUAUUCAGUUUGUGGAGAUGCAAAAGAAUGUGCCUUCACUGAUGAUAACUCAGCUGAUGAUAACAUGGCUGUUGUCUUAUCAUUAUUUGAGACAAAAUUCCCAGACUUUCAAAAAAAUGACCUUUAUAUUGCAGGAGAAUCUUAUGCUGGUAUUUAUAUCCCUCAACUUGUAAAGAGACUUGAUAAAUAUAUUACUGAUAAUGCCUAAGAUCCAAAUGUUUUCAAACCAGCUCUUAAGGGUUUCAUGGUUGGUAAUGGUGUUACUCAUUGGUAAUAUGAUGCUGAGCCAGCUGCCAUCGAGCAGGCUUACUGGUUUGGUCUUGUUGAUGAUGCUCUCUACAACUAAAUGAGAACUUGCGAUUUCACAUAUUACGAUUUCGAUGGAGAUACCAAGCUUAAUCAAACUUGCAAGGAUUUAAAGAAAAAGUAUGAUUCAUACAUGAACAAUAUUCAACCAUAUGAUCUCUUUGGAAAGUGCUACUUCUGGCCAACUUAAAAAGGUCCCUAACUUAUUAAUGGUAAAAUGGUUGAUCUUGCCGACGAUGCAUCACUCCUUUAAGAGAGAGAUAAAUACUUAAGAGUUGUUGAUUAUGCAAACUUCAAAUAUAGAGAUAGACCAGAUUACUAAUAAUUGAAAGAUGCACCUUCGUGUGGAACUUAUGAUGGUCCUCUCCUUGAUUACUUUAACAAGGCCUCAGUCAAAUUAUCACUCAAAAUUGAUCCAUCUAUUACUAAUUUCAAACUAUGCUCUGAUAUUAAUUACUCUAAGAAUAGAGAUGGUACUUUUGCCAUUUAUCAACAAUUGACACAGCCAGGAUCUAAGUAUAGAAUUCUUAAGUAUUCUGGUGACUCAGAUGGUGUUGUUCCAACCCAAGGUACAAUGAAGUGGAUUGAUUAGUUAGGUCUCAAGGUUACCAAGCCAUUCAGAUCUUAUGAUGUUGGUGGCAACACAGCUGGAUGGGUUGUAGAAUAUGAGAAUGGCUUUACCUUUGCCACCAUUCACGGAGCAGGUCAUAUGGCUCCAUAAUGGAAAGGAUAAUAGACUUAUCACGCUAUCUUCAACUGGAUUUAGGGAUAAGAGUUGUGA